CCUUCCCCUGCUCGGGGGGCCGGUCUGACCUGUUCGCCGGCGUGAGUCCUGGUUCGGAUGGGUGACGGCUCCGGCAUAAUGGGCACGUGUGGCUGACGAGCCGCCUCUCCCAGGACAUGGUCUGUGCGCGUGUCUUUGAAGCACUUACCAUAUUCUUAGCGUUACUGGUACAGCCGUGUUCAACCAGCAGCUGCAACGCGCUGUACAGGGGAGCAAGAGGAUCUUCACAGACUCUCCUCUGCCCUCACUGCCUUCCAGGUUCCAGAGCCCACUGUCCCUGGCCUCCUGCCACCAUCUCUGCGCUGACACCUCUGCGAGCUGCUGACUUGGGUUGCUCUUUCCUCCGCUGCUGCUGGUGGCACGUGAGUGCCUCGUCUGCCAAGAAGCCAACUCUCUGUUUGAAGAGCUUCCCAGCGACACAGGCUUCGUUCGUGUCUGUAACAGCCCUUCAGCGUGAGUGGAUGCCAGGGGCCUCCAGAACUGAACCCGUUCCAGGCGUCAUGCGAGGACCUGUGCCGGCACCCGUGUCCUCGUGGGGAGAACAGUAAUAGCUCCACACACGGUAGGCUCCGGCGAGCGCCAACUCCCUCCAUCUCCUCCAAUGCAGGCUCAGGGAUGGACUCCACCUUGUCCCUCUGAAGAGACUCUGCAUGCUCUCAGCAGCCGGGAGGGGAUUCUGCUGCCAGCUUCUCCCCAAGCUGCCCCGCUGCAGGACUCGCUCGGCAGCAGCCUGGGAGGGGCCCCGCGGUCGUGUCGCUGCCGUGCCCCCCGCGCGCCCAUGGACGGGCCGGUGUGCGAGUGCCCUCUGCUCUGAGCUCCUCGGCCCGCGCUCGCCUGGCCUCCUGGCAGACUCCUGGCUUGUUCUCCCAAGUGCUCUCCCUGAUCCCGUUGCAUUCCCUGUCUCUCAGAGCCCCAAAAGGAUGUGAACUUUGGAAUGGGGUCUGUGAGCAGGCUGCGGACUCGGCGCGUGUGUGAGACUGUUGCUCAGUAACAGGAGGACUGGUUCAUCGCUGCGGGCAGUCCUGUCUGGCUGCAGGGCCCCGGCCUUGCCUGGGCCCUUCACCAUGUUCCUCCUGCUGCCCUUUGACAGCCUGGUGGUUAAUCUCUUGGGGAUUUCCAUAACUGUCCUCUUCACUCUGCUUCUGGUUUUCAUCAUCGUGCCAGCAAUUUUUGGAGUCUCCUUUGGUAUCCGCAAGGUUUACAUGAAAACUUUAUUAAAAAUUUUUCAGUGGGCGACACUGAGAAUAGAGCGUGGUGCCAAGGAGAAGAACCAUCCGUUGUACAAGCCCUAUGUCAAUGGUAUCAUUGCAAAGGAGCCAACGUCGCUGGAGGAGGAGAUCAAGGAGCUCCGGCGGAGCGGCAGCGGCAAAGCCCUGGACACCCCCGAGUUUGAGCUCUCAGACAUCUUCUAUUUCUGCCGCAAAGGCAUUGAGACCAUCAUGGACGAUGAGGUGACCAAGAGGUUCUCAGCUGAAGAGCUGGAGUCCUGGAACCUGCUCAGCAGGACCAACUACAACUUCCAGUACAUCAGCCUGCGCCUGACGGUGCUCUGGGGCCUCGGGGUGCUCAUCCGCUACUGCUUCCUGCUGCCCCUGCGGAUAGCCCUGGCAUUUACUGGCAUCAGCUUGUUGGUGACUGGCACCACAGUGGUGGGAUAUUUGCCAAAUGGAAGGUGUAAGGAGUUCCUGAGCAAACACGUGCACCUGAUGUGUUACCGGAUCUGCGUGCGGGCCCUCACAGCCAUCAUCACCUACCACGACCGAGAAAACAGACCCCGAAACGGAGGCAUCUGCGUGGCCAAUCACACCUCCCCCAUCGACGUGAUCAUCCUGGCCAGCGAUGGCUACUACGCCAUGGUGGGUCAGGUCCACGGCGGGCUCAUGGGUGUGAUACAGAGGGCCAUGGUGAAAGCUUGUCCCCACGUCUGGUUCGAGCGCUCUGAGGUCAGAGAUCGUCACCUGGUGGCCAAAAGGCUCACAGAACAUGUCCAGGACAAGAGCAAACUGCCCAUUCUUAUUUUUCCAGAAGGAACGUGCAUCAACAACACAUCUGUGAUGAUGUUCAAGAAGGGGAGCUUUGAAAUCGGAGCCACAGUUUACCCUGUAGCCAUCAAGUACGACCCACAGUUCGGAGAUGCCUUUUGGAACAGCAGCAAAUACGGGAUGGUGACCUACCUCCUCAGGAUGAUGACCAGCUGGGCCAUUGUCUGCAGCGUCUGGUACCUGCCCCCAAUGACCAGGCAGCCUGAAGAGGAUGCAGUGCAGUUUGCCAAUCGAGUGAAGUCAGCCAUUGCCAGGCAGGGGGGCCUCGUGGAUCUGCUCUGGGAUGGAGGACUGAAGAGGGAGAAGGUGAAAGACGCCUUCAAGGAGGAGCAACAGAAACUCUACAGCAAAAUGAUUGUAGGCAACCAUGAGGACCGGAGCCGCUCCUGAUGCUGCUGCCUCCAGCACUGCCGAGGGGCUGCAGAGCCCUCUGCCUCCAGCACCAGCCAGGGCUUGUCUGGAGCAACUCCAAACCUUUGGACUUGGGCCACUCCAGAGCUGCUUGGACUCACUCCUUCACCCUCUGGCUGUUCUCUCCCAGAGGCACUAUUAUUGCCUGGAGUCUUUAGGCCCUGGGCAGCUCGUGGCAAAGAUGCCUUCUCAUUUCUGUUACAGUGAAGCCCCAUGCAGGGGCAGUAUUAAAAGAAACUCUUAUGGUGU